AGUCCCCGGGGUAACGAAGAGGAAGUGACGCUAGUUCCGGGUGUGUGAAGUUCCAUCCUGGGAUUUGACACAGAAUGGAGUUUCCUGACCUUGGCAAGCAUUGCUCAGAAUCCACUUGCAAACAGCUAGAUUUCCUGCCUUUAAAAUGUGAUGCCUGUGAACAAAUUUUCUGCAAAGAUCACAUCACAUAUGUCCUGCACAACUGUACCUCCGCAUAUAAGAAGGAUGUACAAGUUCCUGUUUGUCCUCUUUGCAAUAUCCCUAUCCCUGUGACCCGGGGACAGACUCCUGAUAUUGUAGUUGGCGACCAUAUUGAUCGGGAUUGCAAAUCUGACCCAGCGCAGCAGAAGCGCAAGAUUUUCACCAAUAAGUGUGGAAAACUGGGCUGCAAGCAGAAAGAGCUCAUGAAGGUGAUUUGUAACGACUGUCAUGGAAACUUCUGCCUCAAACACAGGCACCCCCUUGAUCAUGACUGCAAAGGGAGGAGUGCCCCAACCUCCAUGGCUGGACAUGCAGCAUUUAUGAGGAAUCAGGCCUCGACUUCAAAGACUUCUGUAUCUUCGAGCUCCGCAGCCCCCCGACCUGCUGCCCAGCUGCAACGCAACAGGGCCAGUGUUCCUAUUGCUAGGCUCCCUAGCGUCCAGCCUGCGGUCCCUGUAGCAGCAGCCUCUUUGCAGAAUGGUUUGUCAGAAGAAGAGGCUCUUCAGAGAGCUUUGGAAAUGUCACUAGCCGAAUCUGCAGCCAGCGUGACGCAUCAGAGCAGCUCCCAAGAAGAUGAGGAUUUGGCUCUGGCCAGAGCUCUGUCAGCCAGUGAGGAGGAGUACAGGAGACAGCAGGCAGGACAAACUCGGGAUGCCAAACAGAGUACAUGCAGCCUGUCUUAGCGCAGAACUUGAUGAUCAACUAACACUGGGCUCAACCGGAUCAUUUAAUGUAAGGGAUGCAAGAUUUACCAGACCUAGCUCCGCCAGAGCGAAUAUACCACCGGGGACCGUCUUAAAACACAAUUUGCUGCUCUCCAUGUGUAGAAUACACAUCAGCUGUAGAGUCUUUGUUCAGAAUGUGCUGACCCUGGGCCUCUGAUUUCAUGUGUGGUUUGCAAGAGUAAUGGAGGCCACAAACAACCAAAGAAAUGCUAAAUGUGCAGCCAGUCUGCUAAUUCAGGGUUUGUGCCAGUAAACACUAACUGCGCCUUAUUACGCAAAAAAGAAAGCCGCACUGAACCAUUCCUGACACAAGGCAAUAUUUGUGUAAACCUGACCGGAAGCCAACGAUAUAUACGGUGCUGAACUUUUUAUAGACUUUUUUUGAAAAUUGAGAACUAAGCUCCCACAUGAAGAUGGACCAUUGGGCUAUUCAAAUCAAGCCCUGAAGGGUCACAAGCAAGGAUUAAAGAACCACAGGCACCAUGAUGUUUGCUGGCUUUAUUAUUCCCAUAAAGUUUGGUUUAGCAUUGAGAUAUUAGUGGGAAUGCUAGAAUCUGCUUACCCCUGUCAAAGACAGCCCUUUGGGUUUAUUCCCUAGUAGCCAAGUUCAAAGCUUCUUUGGUCAAAUCACUGGUUAGUAAUUCAUCCAAAUGAUCCUUAAACAAGAUUAUUCAGUAAAUUUUCAAUGGUCGGGAUUAAAAAAAAAAUUGGCAAACUGAAGAGAUUUCUACUAGUUAUCGUUCGAAUCUGUCCUGUGCGGUUCAAGAAAUUCCCUGAUCAGUUCCUGGUAAUUUGCAGUUUAGUGCAUAAUCCAGCAGGUGAAUAUUUAGCACAUUGCUGAAGUAUAAUUUUAUAAAUUGGAAAAAUCCAAAAAAUCCUAACAUCAGACAGGACUCUGAUCCUGAGAGAUUGAUUUACACGCAGAUUGUCUUUGCAUAGACAUGGUCCGACUAGUAGAUUGACUCCCACUAGCUCCCUUUGAUUGUAAAAUUAAAUCCUUUACUGCUGGAUAAUAAGUCUGUAUAUCCAUCACAGUGAUGGCUAUUCUUUGGCACUGUGUUUGUUGUAGACUAGAUGUCCCAUGAUCCUCAGCUCGGCUAUCAGCUAGCAAUUGUAAAAACUUCAACCACAGUCAUACUUUCAAGAAUGUUUGUUUUUAUUUUUUUAAUUGAAUUCAAAUUUGUAGUCAUUUUACUUAAUUGAGCAAGUCGGAAAAUAUGCAACUGUGCAUUUUCCCAUCUUUUCUAUUUUAGUCUAAAUAUGUAAAUUCUCCAAAUGUCCUAGUUGAGUGGAUAACAAAGUAUUCUUUAUCCAGUCUCACAUAUACCCACCUUGAUGAACGACAAUUCCCAUCUUCCCAUCUGUUUUUGAGUUUGGAGAUCCACAAUUGAUGUAGGUGCUGUUGAUGUUGUGCUCAUCAAAUGGAAAGAUCAGGGAUCUCUGUGCAACCUUCUACUUGUUCAACCUCAACUCCCAUCAUUUUCAGCCAUUCUAUGGAGCCAUGGAUAAUGAUAGAAGUUGCAGACGAGCAGCAAAGACCACAGUUGGCCAGCCAUGUUCUAGCUAUAAUGUAAGCAUGUUUGUUAGUGAUUAUCCCAACUUCACUUUUUUGUUUAUCAAAGUGUCUAACAUUGUACCCGUUUAUGUAUUCUAUGUUUUGUGUGUUUACAGCUGUGUUUGUAUUUUAAUUACAAUGAAGGGCAGCACUGUUACACUUUAAAAAAAAAUAUAUAUAUAUUGUUACUGGUUUUAUGUCAUAUGACCAAGCAUUAGAACGGCUUAAUUUCUGGCGGGUAUGAAAUCAGAAUUGAGUGUUGGUAGGGAUGGUAUGAAGAGUUCUAGGAGUUGUAAUAUUGAAUACGCACAUUUAGAUCGAUCAGUUAUAAAACUCUUGUGUGUAGUGGAAAUGCAGCAACCACAUUAGCAGACUAAGGGCACUGGGAGUUGGAUUCCACCAGCUGCUUGAGGGCAGAAAGUCGCUUGUCCCUGUGUAGCACACUGAUACUCUGACUUCUGGCCACUAUAACUAACAAUGCUUUCCAUAUAGGAUUAUUCUGUAUCCAGUCUUAUACUGCUGAAGUACCCCACAUGCAUUAUAAAGCCUGCAAACUCUGUAUAAAUGAUAUGCAUAUUAUUCUAUUUUUAUUUAAUGAUGCAGAAGGACAGAAAUCUGUUUACAAUGACAUGUUCCAUUGAUGCUGUGAUUAUCAACUUGUGUAAAAGUUGGAAAAACUGGCUUUCUCUCCUUGCUUUUCCUGACUAUAACUGAACACUGCGUUUCCAGCUGCUAUCUUAUUUUAAUUUAUAACAACCAAAUAAAUUAUGAAUGUAAAUGCGUA